CGGCGGGCCGGCGGCAUGGGGGGCGGGGGGUCGGCCCUGAGGGUCUGCGCCGACCACCGCGGGGGCAUCAACUGGCUCAGCCUGAGCCCGGACGGGCGGCGCCUGCUGACGGGCAGCGAGGACGGCACGGCCCGGCUCUGGAGCACCGCGGACGGCCAGUGCUGCGCCCUCCUGCAAGGCCACGAGAGCUACGUGACCUUCUGCCACCUGGAGGACGAGGCCGCCUUCACGUGCAGCGCUGACUGUACCAUCCGGAAGUGGGACGUGCGGACCGGGCAGUGCCUGCAGGUGUUCCGGGGACACACGUCCAUCGUGAACAGGAUCCUGGUGGCCGACAACCAGCUGUUCAGCGGCUCCUACGACCGGACAGCUCGAGCCUGGAGCGUGGACAAGGGGCAGGUGUCCCAGGAGUUCCGGGGCCACCGCAACUGCGUGCUGACCCUCGCCUACUCCGCCCCCUGGGACCUGCCCGGGGCCCCCUGCGCCGAGGAGGCCGGGGGGCUGCUGGUGACGGGCAGCACGGACGGCACGGCCAGGGUGUGGCAGGUGGCCGGCGGCGGCUGCUGGCAGACGCUGCGGGGCCACACGGGCGCCGUGCUCUGCCUUGUGCUGGACACGCCCAGUCACACGGCCUUCACCGGCAGCACCGACGCCACCAUCCGCGCCUGGGACAUCCUGAGCGGGGAACAGCUGCGGGUGUUCAGGGAGCACCAGGGCCCCGUCAUCUGUCUGGAGCUCGUGAACCGGCACGUGUACUCGGGCAGCGCGGACAGGACGGUCAAGUGCUGGCUGGCAGACACGGGGGAGCGCGUGCGCACGUUUGCAGCCCACGGACACAGCGUGAGCGCCCUCAAAUACCACGCGGGCACCUUGUUCACGGGCAGCGGGGACGCCCGCGCGCGCGCCUUCGACGCCGAGUCUGGAGCGCUGCAGAGGGUGUUCCGCGGUCACGCCUUCGUCAUCAACUGCAUCCAGGUAGGCGCUCCCGCCCGGCUCCCGGGCUUUGAGCAAGGGCGAGUGCGUUCGCGCGACGUCGUCCGGAGCAAGCUGCGGGCCCGCGGCGGGAGGGCUGGCCCGGCGCCCCCGCAGCGACGCCCCCACGCGCCGCCCCGCGCCACGCAGGUGCAACGGCAGGUGCUCUACACGACUCGCACGACGGCAGCGCUGCAGCAUCUGGGCGUGCGCGGCCUCCCGUUGUGCGCGCCGCCGCCGCCGCGCCCCGCCGCCCCGCGCGCGGCCGCUCCCGCCUCUUCAGCAACAAGGGGCCUGCCGGCCAUGGGAGCUUGCCAGGGAGCUGAGGUGCAUUUCAGGGAGGAUGGGGAGAGGGACCACCUCGAGUACCUGCGCCAGUAUCUCUGCGUCGCUGGCAGAGAGGCAGCUCGAGUGACCAGACGCUCCCCGGUGGCACAGCCGAUGCCGUGUUCCUGCGUCAUCUCAGGUCCCCCGUCCUGUCCCACCACAACAGAGACUGGAACACACAAGCUGUGA